GCGGCUCAUGCUGCGGCGGGAGUUCGAGGAGGCCGCGGCCCUGGCCGUCGAGGAGGAAGCGGAGGCGCUGCGCCGCACUCCGGAGGAGCAGCUGGCCGGCUGCCUGGCGCUUGCUCGGGCGGCACGCGUGCCGCAGGAGAGGCCCGACGAGAGGCAGCCCCUGGCGGUUCCCGCGAGGAGCUGGCAGGAGCAGAGGGCGCGCUGCGAGGAGCUCUCCAGGGUGGCCGAGGCCGCCGCGGGGGCCCCGCCCCGAGCUGCUCGGCCGGCCGGCCGGCCGGCGAGCAUGGGGCCGCCUGCCACGGUGACGUACGCGGACGGCGAGCAGGAGACGUGGCCGCUCGACGCGCCCCUCCUCGGCGCCGCCCGCGAGCGCGCGCGCGCGGCCCGCGCCGCCCCGCUGCUCCCCGGGGGGGCGGCGCCCGCGCCCGCGUGGCAGCGGCCAGACUUCCUGUUCGAGGGCCUGCGGGCAUUCCCCGACACCGUGCGGGCGCUGGAGGCGGCGGUGGUCCAGCUGCUCGCCGCGGCCGAGGGCGAAGGCGAGCAGCGGGCCGCGCGCCCUCGCUGGGAGCCGCAGCGGGAGGGGCUGCACACCGGGACCUGGCAGAAGUUGGACUGUGGGCGCUCGGGGCCCGCGUGGAGGGCAACUGCGCCGCGGCGCCCCGGGCGGCCGCCGCCGUCGACGGGCUCCCCUGCGCCAUGCGCGAGCCCCCGGGCCGCGCCGCGCUGUCGCUGA